AUGCGCUCCUGCCUGCUUGAUCCUGAGCAAGGCUACUACACAGCAUCUCACAAGCAGGCUGAGGACCCGAGAAAUGUCAUCGGAGCCAAAGGGGAUUUUAUAACUAGCCCUGAAAUCAGCCAGGUCUUUGGAGAACUGCUUGCCAUAUUUUUUGUCGCUAGAUGGCAGUCUGUUUCCAUGCCCCAGCGAACCCGCUUGGUUGAGUUGGGCCCUGGUCGAGGAACUCUACUUGCCGACAUGGUCCGAACGUUUGGAACCUUCAAGAGGAUGAUCGAUUCGCUCAAGACAAUUCACCUGGUUGAAACAUCUCUGGGACUGCAAAGGCUGCAAGAGCAGGCUUUGAGAGAGGUGGUCGAAGGCAGGGCGGGUAAAAAGCUCGUAGUAAUCAGGUCGGACGAUGAGCCAAAAGAGCCAUCAGAAGACGAAGUGCACGUUCAAUGGUUCGCAGACGCACAUUCCGUUCCAAUUGAUGGCAGCUUCUGGACGAUGCUAGUGGCGCACGAAUUUUUCGACGCACUUCCAGUCCACAUCUUUGAGAAAGCCAGCAAUGGCUUCAAAGAGGUUUUGGUUGAUCUCAAAAAUAGCAGAAAUGGUGGCCAAAAGGGCAUCUCUGUCAUUAAAAGCAGCGAGAUUAGCGCUUCCACGGCGCCUUCCUUCCAGUACGUCCUCUCUCCAAGCGCAACACCGUGGUCGAUGCUGCUCGCCUCGCGCAAUGCACGCUUUGCCUCAAUCCAACCUGGGCAGCGCGUCGAAGUGUCACCAGAUGCAUGGUCUGCGGCGCGGCGCGUGGGCGAGCUGAUCUCUGGCAGGGAGGCCGCGCUGCCUCCGAUUCCUGACGAGGCGCGGCGCAGGACGAGCAGCGUUGGUGGUGUCGGACUCAUUGUCGACUACGGGGACGAAAAAGCUUUCGGGUCGAGCUUCCGGGCCUUCAAGCAGCACAAGAUUGUCGAUCCGCUGGAAGACCCAGGGACGGCAGACCUCACGGCAAAUGUCGAUUUCACACACCUGAAACACGCGCUGGCGUCUACGGAGGCUACUGCACAUGGGCCCAUGGUACAGGCUCAUUUCCUUUCCGCCCUCGGGCUGCAACAGCGAGUUGAAGCACUUCUACGCGCUGCAAGCUCGCCCGAGCGCAAAAGUGACAUCACCAAAGCUGCCAUGCGCCUUGUGGAUCUGACGUCGAUGGGAAAAGAGUACAAAGUGCUUGGAAUUGACGCACUGGCGACAGCAGCGGCGGCCGCUCCGGAGCUUGAACGCGAGCCAUCAAGGGUCCCGCUUUAUCCUUUUGAAAUGCAGCCGCAGCAGCAGACACAAUGA